AUGGAUGGUAUGGGACUGAUGAUGUCUCAGACUGGUUCUGCUUCUUCUAUCAUCAAUUCUACGAACUUACACAAUUCGAAAUGGCGCUGCAGCUACCUAUCACCCAACCCAAAAUCUAAACUAACUCUACAUCACCUACUCAAUCCAUACUUUAUGACACUACGCCUGUUGUACAGGGAUUCAGGAUUUCCUUGUUCAUUACAUAGUUUGAACAAGUACAUCCAUUUGCCUCACUUGGCCUUACAUGUAAAUGCUGCAGGCUACAGCAGCAGACUUCUAGCCAAUUGCAUUCCACUUCAAAAUGCUCAACACAUUGGACAAACACCAAUAUUUAUGUGCAAUCAUUCAAUAUGA